AACACACGUACCCACAACAACAAAACAAGUCAUGUUUAAGGCUAUCUUGUAAAGAAAUAAUAUCAUUUCCAUCAAUGGAAGCUGCAAGGAGUUUUCUCUAUUCCCCUCCAUCUUUUUCCACGAGAAUCCAACUCAAAAGUUCCAGCUUUUUAUCACCGUCUUCUUCUGCAGUUUCAAUGUUCCAUGAGCAAGCAGCUCCUAUUGCUGCUGCUUCUAUUCCGGUUGCUUCUGUAAGUAGGCAUUUUCCUACAUCGGUUCUCGCACAAGAGCAGCACCAUGACUGUAGAGCUCCGCUUGUCUUGCAAUUCUUUAGGGAAGAUAAAUCAUAUCAGGAAGAAACGAACGAGCAGCUCCAGAAUGGAACAACACUUCAUGAAGGGAAGGCCUCCAGUAGCUUUGGUGGGAUGGGAUCGAUCUGAACUGCAGUUACACCAAUGGCCUGAUUUAAGGAAAUUAUUGUCACUUCUGGAAUUAGGGGAAAAUCCAUCAUUUUACUUGAGUAUGCAGUCUGUUGCAGCAGAUAACAAGGAGACU